CCUCUUUGCUUCUCACUUCGCUGCCGCUGCUUUGUCCUUCACGUUCUCUUCUAGGGUUCGGUAUCGUUCUUCUUCCUCGAGGCGAUGGCGGAUGUGGCGUUGCUGGGUUUCAAGCCGCAGCUGGUUGUGCCGGGGAUGAAGGCGGAGGCGGCUGUGCAGUUCUACAAGGCGGCAUUCGGGGCGGAGGAGAUCGGGAGGGUGACGCACCCGAAGCGCAAGGCGGAACAGGAGUGCCCCCUCAUCCUCUCCGCCGAGCUCAAGAUCGGCUCCUCCUUCAUCCUCGUCAGCGACUGCUUCGACGCUGCAGGAGAGGAGAGUGCCGCGGCCGCUGGAGGCGGUGGGAUCGCGUUCCGGCUGGAGGCGGAGGACGUGGACGCGGCCGUGAAGAAGGCGGUGGCUGCCGGUGCGGAGGUCAUGAGCGAGGUGUUGGAGGAGGAAGGCAGCCUUCUCGGGAAGGUGAAGGACCCGUUCGGUGUCGUCUGGGCCAUCGCGGCCGUCGGGAAGAAGAGCCCCGAGCCCGAGGCUUGAUCCGGGCCGUCGACUCUAACCUCUCACUUCCUUAGGGAUGCAUUUAUAGCUGGACUUAAAACUAAUAGAGGCAUUAGCAGUAGCGAAGCAGUUUACGCUAACUCAUCUAUGCUUAAUCUUGAAGACUUGUUAUUUAGGAUGGCGGUUGUCACGGUUGCCGCCGAAGCUUCUCACGGCCACCGACGGUUGAUAUUAUAUUUGAGAUGCUUUAGCCCCUUUUCUUUUGCA